CCAUCCAUUAACGUGCUCCGCCGUCGUUGCAGGGCGGGAAAUACCCAAAAAAUAUAUAUAUUUUUAUUUUUUGGGAAAUUAUAUAUAUAUAUAGUUGAUAGUUGAUAUCAUUGUCUAUCUAUCUCUGUUGAGCUGCUUUCAUUUUCAUUAUUAUAGUUUUCUCGUCGUUCACUUUAUUUUUUUUUCACUUUUGAAUGUCGUCUUCAGCAUCUUCUUCUUCCUCACAAGUAGGAAGAGGAAGAGGAAGAAGAAGAAUGGUUAGAAGAGAUAGAGAUGGUGGACGACGAGGAGGAAGACCUUCUUCUUCUUCCUCAUCUCCUCCACUACCUCGUAAUGGUGUUUGGCCGGAACCUUUCGUUGAAGCCCUAGCUUUACAGGUCGCUAUCGAUGCUGUUCGUACCUCAGGUCGACUUGCUGCUGCUCCCGCCAUCGCCAAUGUCUUUCAGGUGUGUUCCACGUGGCGUGCCGUAUCACGCUCCAAUCAUCUGUGGCAGGAUCUCACUCGUCGAAUCUGGAGACGUCAGCGUCUGCUACUUGACACGUGGCGUGAAGAGUUUAUUUUCUGGCAUCGUACGACUCACAAUUUCCGAAUACGAAGGGCCGUUUAUACCCGACUGGAGAUCAUGGACGGUGACGGCAACGGCAACGGCAACGAAUUGAUUUGCCGGCGACUUGCUCUCUCAAGUAUGUACCUCGCAUGUGGUUUCGUCGACGGUUCUGUCCGUCUGUUCGAUCUGUCGUCUGGGAUCCACGUCAACACCUACCGGCCUCACCACGACGAUCGACUUGGGCCUUUCUCACGUGCGGUAUCUGGGAUCGUCAUCAACGAUGAGCCGAGGCUAGUGUUCGCCACCAUGGAUGGGGAUAUCCACGUGGCUAUAAUUGGAGGCCCAGUAACACGUUGUGCGCAAGUGGGGAACAUGGUGAACGAUGGGGCGUUGGUGGAUUUCGCCGGUUGUAGGAGGUGGUGGGUGGGACUCUACGCAGGAGUUCCGGGACGGGCGUUCCAUGUAUGGGAUGGGGUGACGGAGGAGCUACUCUAUGUGGGGGAAUCGUUGACUGACCCGGAAGCGGUCAUGGGAUGGCGUAUGCUUGCCGAAUGGAGCGAGUCAUUGGGACGAGUUAGGGUGUCUAGCCUGGAAUGUGCCGUUGCAUGCACCAGCGUUGGGAUACUGGUGUUGGGGCUACGUGACCCACUAGUGUUGGGUAGUGAGGAUUUUGAAGAAGGGCUUGUUGUAGACGCGUUUGACGUCAGCGGUGAAUUGUGUCUGGUGGUGGACAGUCGGGGCACGGCGAGUGUACGGCGAAUAGGUACCAUGGAGGAGGUUUAUGGGUUUAGAUUUAGGGGUGGUGGCGGUAGGAUUUUAGGGUGCAUCAAUGGUGGGUUCGUGUUCUUGUGCAUUGGAGGUAAUGUAAGGGUAUGGGACGUGGAGGAUGGCCGGCAACCUUACUACUUGACAGAGAGGAGGAUACGUGAAGAAACAAGAGCCUUGAUUGCUGAUGAGAGAUAUGUCGCUGCUUGCUCUGGCAACACGCAGAUCCAUCUCUGGGAUUUCGGGGCUCUCUAGACAAUAAUCCCGUCGGCCCAAAAAAAAAAAAGUUGUGAAUUGUUUUUUUUCACGAGUAACAAUGCAUUGUGUCGAGUGGGAGAGAGAAGGUGGGUUAAGUAAAAAGUAGAGAAGGAAAUGAAUGGAAUAUUGGGAUCCGAUCCAGCUUUGGAAGAAGGUGAGGAGGAGGUAUGGCUAACCUUAACUGUAACCAGGUCUUUGCAGUCUAAAUUGUUUUUUUUAUGAUCUUCUGACGAGGGGAAGCUAGUGGGGGAGAUGGGCUUUCUCAGGAUUUAUUAAUUAAUGGAAAUUGUUAUUCAAUUUUAGCUGAUUUUGGACCAAGGUUUGCAUUCCUGUUUGGCGUUUGCAGAGAGUUGCAUUGGUAGGUUCCUUUGUACUUUGCAGAAAGAGGAGGAGAAAGAAGUAAUGGCGUUUUCUGCACCGUAGUGAUCAGUAGGCCUUGGCUUUCCGAUAGAGACUUAAGAGAAGAAGAGGAUGAAGUCAGCAGAGCUGCAGGUGGGGGGAGUUUUCAGCUUUAAUUUGUUAUUUUGUGCAGCUAAACUCUUAGAAAUUCUAAAAAUCUAAGUAUUAAAUCUGAUAUUGCUUUGUUUAUGAA